AUGUGGACCAAACAGCCUCCCAUCUCUGCAGUGCAAUGGGCCAGUUGCAUGGUGAGAAUGGUUCUCCUCUUUGCCCUCCUCUGUGGACCACUGCACGUGGCAGCAGACUCAGAUGAGGAGGUGUUGUCUGAGUGGCAGAUAUGGAAGAGCACCCAUGGCAUAUCCUACGAUGAAAAGGACGACGUUGAGAGGAGAGGCAUUUGGGAGGAAAACCUGAGGCUGAUCGAUGAAAACAAUCAAGGGGGUUUCUUUGGGACAAAGCAGUUCACUAUGGCAAUGAAUAGAUAUGGAGACCUGACCAGACAAGAAUACCAGACUUUGCAAGGUGCUAUCAUAAAUGCCCAAUUUGUGAAGAGAGGGAAAAAUGUUUCGGCUCAAAUACUGCGUGAAAAUGCUGAGAUGUUAGGGGCGGUGGCUGUUGACUAUAGGGCUAUGGGUUUUGUCACCGAGGUCAAAGAUCAGGGGUAUUGUGGCUCCUGCUGGGCAUUUAGCACUACGGGAGCUAUCGAGGGACAAAUGUAUAAGACAACUGGUCAGCUAAUAUCCCUGAGUGAGCAAAACCUGGUAGACUGUUCCAGGCCUUAUGGCACCUAUGGCUGUAAUGGUGCCUGGAUGGCAAAUGCCUACGACUAUGUGAUCCACAACGGGCUGCAGGCUACAAGCACCUAUCCAUACACCUCAGUGGACACCCAACCUUGUUUCUAUGAUAGCAGUCUUUCAGUCGCCCGUAUCACAGACUACAGGUUCAUACCAAAAGGAGAUGAGCAGGCCCUGGCCGAUGCUGUGGCAACAAUUGGUCCAGUCACAGUCGCGAUAGAUGCAUAUCAUUCAAGUUUCCUGUUCUACAGCUCAGGAAUAUAUGAGGAGCCCAACUGUAACCCAAACAAUCUGAGCCACGCUGUUCUGCUCGUUGGCUACGGCUCCGAAAAAGGCCAAGACUACUGGCUAAUCAAGAACAGUUGGGGUACCAGUUGGGGGGAGGGGGGCUAUAUGCGAAUGAUCCGGGAUGGCAGCAACACCUGUGGCAUCGCGAGCUACGCCCUGUACCCUAUCCUGUGA